AUGGCGGCAUACGACCCGACCUACCCUCUGUUACCAACUGCGAAGUUCAUAUCCGCAUCGAUGCUACUCCUUGUACUGUUAUCUAGCUUCACACGACAGGCCUGGAACUUGGGUGUCGCGUUUCUGUGCUUCUGGCUUUUCAUCGAGUCUUUGAUGGAUGGCGCGAAUCUCAUUAUCUGGUCUGACAAUGCCGAUGUCAAGCACUAUGUGUAUUGCGACAUAGUCUCUCAUGUGCAAGUGAUAACCUACGUCGUCAAGCCCAUGUCAACGCUGAUCAUCACGCGGCGGCUCUACUUGAUUGCCAAACUUCAAUCAGUGUACCUACCCAGUCGAGCGGCGAAGCGACGAGAUCUAGCCAUAGAGUGGACUCUUGGUCUUAUCAUUCCUCUCCUCGUCGCUGGGCCCAUCUACUAUGUACACCAGGGCUUUCGCUUCAGGGUGGAUGGCGGAUUUGGUUGCGCAAACGCCCCGCAAACGUCCGCAUUGGAGCUCUUGACGCUUGAGUCGUGGGUUAUACUACCGCCCCUCAUUUCGAUCACCUUCUACUUUCCAAAGGUGGCAUGGGUGUUCUAUCGUCAGCGGAGGGACAUCCACGACUACCUAAACACCAACAACUCAGUCUCGCGCGGGAACUACUUCCGCGUCCUCGCCCUCGCAGGCUUCGACCUCAUCCUCACUCUACCCAUCGGCAUCGUGACCAUCGUCCUAAGGGUGAUCGGGAUCGAAGUUCAGACGACCUUGCCCUUCUACUGGGGUUGGUCCUUCCUGCAUCAAAACUGGGAACCACCGAGUUAUCCAUAUCCGACUCUUCGAGCAAACGGGACGGCAUCCUUGGCGCAAUACUACUUCGCUUAUUGGACAUCGCCCUUGCUCGCAUUUGCGAUAUUCGGCCUCUUUGGUCUGAAUGAAGAAGCGCGGGCAUCCUACUGGCGCAUAUGCUGCAUCAUUGGGCGCAAGCUUGGCUGGAAGCCGACUCCUUCCGCGGAUCGGGAUGGACGCACAAUACCGGAUGAGAUCGAGUUCAGCGUGCGGCCACAGGCUGACUUGUCUAGUAUCGACGGAGAGCGAGGAUCGUGCCCUCCCGGUCUCAUCGACGCCGACGUCCUUGCGGAAGGACUCGACGUCAAGAACAUGCAGAACGAGUCAGCUGAAGACACGUACGGGCUCCCUAAGGACUAUGAGGGAAACUUCUCAGCCAGCGAACGGUCAAACGACGAAGACUCGAAGUCAUCAUCAUCGCCAAGUGCGAAGAUGGACAGCGAGUCCCCCGCAUAG